AGUUACAUCUACUCAGCACCUGAUUUGCUCUCGGCAGUCCCAACUUGUUGCGAGGGGUAAGAUGGCGCUCCGAACAGUCCCUCUCAUCGUGUGUCUCAUGGCGAUUCUUCUCAUGACGGAAUGCCUGGCGCGACACAGACGUCGACAUCAGCGAGCGAGCAGACGACGUCCACCGCUGUCGGAGUUCCCGCCACGCCUGCACGCCCAGUUUGCCGCCGUUGCAAACAACUUCACGUGGAAUCUCUACAAACAGUUAUCCUCGGGGCGGCAAAAUUUAGUGUUCUCCCCCGUCAGUGUGUUCAAGACUGUCUCCAUGGUGUACCUCGGAGCAACGAACGUUACUGCCAAGGAAAUAUUCAAUGCAGUGGGAUAUAAGCUGUUAAAAAGACCCAGAAAAGUGCGUAAGGCGUUCCGCCAUUUUGGAGAAAUGAUGCGCAGACCUAUGCGCAAUGUGUCGUUCCAAGUGGCCGAUGCGCUGUACGUUCAUGAAUCGAUUCAUCUCAGAAACAGAUUCGUCAAACGGAUGAGGAAAUUCUAUAAAGCCAAAAUACGGAAAUAUAAUCACAACACCAAGAAUGCCGCAGUGUCCUCCCUUAAGAAAUGGAUAAAAAGGAACACCCGGGGCAAGUUGAAUGACUUCAAGACUAAUUUAUCCGUCAAAAGCAAAAGGGCGUUGUUGUUUAUGAACGCCGUCUAUUUCAAUGGCUCCUGGGACAUGUUGUUCGACCGCACGCUGACCAACCGCACCAUGUUCGACAUCAACAGAUACACCCGAACCAAAGUCGACAUGAUGUUUUGUGACUGGAGGUACUAUUAUAAAAUAAACCCUGAACUUAAGGUCAAGGUCAUUGAAAUACCAUACGACUCGCACAGGUUUAGUUUUUAUGUAAUUCUACCCGAUGACGUCAAUGGACUUGAAGAACUGGAACGGAAGCUGACAUCCACGACGUUUCAGAAUCUCAUAACAGAUAUGAAAGGGCCAGCACGCUUUCAUUUGCGCAUGCCGCGCAUGAAUCUCAUGAGUGACCUUGACCUCAAACCUCAUUUGAAGAAAAUGGGGAUCAAAGAUGUGUUUGAGAAGAAUGCAGAUAUGUCGCCGAUAGAUGGCACUAAGAAUUUGUUUGUAGAUCACGUGAUGCAUAUGUCAGUUCUGGACGUGGAUGAGGGUGGCAGCGUGGGGUCAGGGGUCACGGGGGCAGGUAUAGCGCUGAGGUCAGUGCCCCCCGAGUUCAAGGCCGACAGACCCUUCAUGUUCGUGAUUAAAGACAAAUUAACAAAAACCGAUUUAUUCAUGGGCAAAUAUUCUGAUCCACGUGCCUCGUAAUUACUGAGAAUAUGUUGUCCUUGACCGACAUUUACGGGGAAAUUCCUCAACCUCCUUCGAGAAUACGGACCUUAUAUGAGGUGGACGAGGAAGGCGUAACAAUGCAAUUCUUUGAUGGGAUUUUUUCUCAUUGGUGAGGAUGAUGCUGUGGUGUAUACUAGAGAGUCAGACAGUUCUCACAAAAAUACACGACGUGGGGGUCAAUUAUGCACGCCCCGUCCCUCAAGCGUUCAUCGCGCAGACUGUGUGAUCUACUUCGACGCAGACAACCAGUAUGGUGGUGUAACAGUUAAAUUGACCCUCAGGCAUACAGUAUAGUGGUAUAUAUUUUCAACAAGUUUAAAUUAUAGUAUUUCAAUGAAUUUAUAAAUAUUGACAGCAACAGUAAAUGAGGAUUUUAACAUUUUAUUUAAUUUUGGCCAGGGGAAUAAAAAUACAUUAUUUGGGUUUUUACAUUUCAAUUUUUGGAGUCUGCGGAUUCGUAAACCAAGGUUUAAUCAAGUUUGGCCUGACAGAUAUAAAGAAAAACAUUCUGAUAUGUACGGUGUCCCAUAAGGGACAUGGAGUCUGUUUUUCCAUAUUUUGAUUUUUUCACUUACUUUUGUCGUUAUCUUUUG